UGGACAUGACGUAACUACCGUAAAACAAUAUGGCGUCCUCGGAGAAACAUGAUUGCCGAUGAGUCUAACCGGAUAGACCGCCGCCUCACGUGAGGCAACGUUGUUGUCUGACGUAACGUUUUCGGUAAAAUACAUCCAUGUUGUAGGCGUUGGUGAGCGCACCUGUUUAUUUUGAGCACGGACUUUCAAUUCGAGUGCAGUUGCUCGUCGGCGCUCAAGAUGGAUGGUGGAGAGUACGUCUCCCCAAUGGAGAACGUGGACCCGACUUUAGCUGAGUUAGUGGGAGAUGAAUUCACACUGGGGGACUUCGAUGAGAUUCUCCAGUAUGUCAAGGGCGACAUCCCAGACCUGUUUGAGGAGCCGAUGGCCAUCUCUGGCUCUCUCAGCACCUCUCCUCGACCCGCCAAUCAAAACCCUCAGACUCCCCAAACAUCGACCCCAGUUGUCCCACAAUUCCCCAACGCCGGCCUCUCUGCCCCCCAGUCGCUGUCACCCAGGUCCGGGUCGCUCCCGCCUUCUCUCUCCCCUACUCAGACCCCUGCCACAGCAUCCACAGGGCAGCAGCAUGUGACCCGCAGCCUCCAGCCACGACCCCCAGUGGUCCAACCCAUCCAACCCCAACCGAUGGCUCAGCCCACCAUCCAGGUGCAGACCCACUCGUUCCCAAUGCAGGCUCAGCCAUUCCCAGUACACACCCUGGUUCCAACAGCGAUCCCGACACAAGGCACCCAAGCUGUGAUGGUUGCCUCCAACAGUGGCCAGUCCCGUUUUAUCCCAAACCCAGUCAUCUGCGCCCAAAACCCUACUCCUGGUUUCCCAGUGCUCCAACCACAGGUACCGAGCAUUAUGAGCCCAGUGACAUUUCAGCAUCACCGCCUUCUGACACCCACUGGUCAAACCAUCCAGACUAUCUCCACGGCGCCCACUGCGAUCCAUGCUGUGCAGCAGCCUGUUCUGGUUCCACAGCCUCAAAUUCUAAAUACUGAUUCCCUUGUUUUGACGACACUUAAACCAGAAUGUACUCAGGUACUCACAACCAUGCAACACCCAGCGGGGAUCACCACCUUUACCACAACCCCCAAGAACAUGACACUGCAAGUCCCGGUAUACAGCUAUCAGUACCCUCAAAACGCUACGAUUCCUUUUAUGGUGGGAGGGGGAGAUAAGCUCACCCUUAAACAGGUACCGUCAGGCUGCGCCCACAACACACAUGUCGCCAACGGAGAGCUGAGCCCGGUGACAGGAAGUCUGAUGUGCCAAGGAGGGGUGGUAAAAGAGGGUGAGAGGAGAACCACCCACAACAUUGUUGAAAAGAGGUACCGCUCGUCCAUCAAUGACAAGAUUGUGGAGCUCAGAAACUUGGUUGUGGGCAAUGAUGUUAAGAUGCAUAAGUCGGGAGUGUUGAGCAAAGCUAUUGACUACAUUAAGUACCUGAAACAGGUCAACCACAAACUCCGUCAGGAGAACCUGACCCUCAGGAUGGCCAACCAGAGGAACAAGCUAGUGACACUGUCCGAGGAUAUGGAGCCGAAAGAGGAAAUUCCGAUAAUGUCACCUCCAGCCUCUGACUCGGGCUCCCCCCUCCAGUACUCGCCAUUCUGUUUUGACUCUGAGCCUGGCACCCCAUUACUUGAUGACGAGCUGAUGAAGUGCGAGCCAGACUCUCCUUCCUGUGUCGGCGUGAUGGAUGGUUCUCGUCUGCUUCUCUGUGCCCUGACCAUCUUCUGUCUGUCCCUGAACCCACUACCCUCGCUGUUGGGCUCUGACACGUCUUCAAGCCAAAGUCUCUCUGCAGGGCAUGGGCCGUCAAGGACACUUGUUUGGUUCCCGAGUCCCACACAAGACUUUGCCUCAUGGCUGCGCUGUAUGUUGCCGUGGCUGAUGGUUUGGGUCAUCAGUGGGCUGGGAGCAGUGUGGGGUUGUGUCCGUGUGCUGUAUCUUUGGGAACCUGUCACGCCGCUUCACUCCCCGAAGUCGGUGUCCUUCUGGAGGCACCGCAAGCAAGCCGAUGCACACCUCAAGCGCGGGGACUAUGCUGCUGCAUUGCCUUGUUUAGAGACCUGUCUGUCCAUCUUGACCAGAGCUUUGCCCUCCACCAAACUGGAUCUGUUGUGCUCGUUGUCCUGGAACGUGAUUCGCUAUUGUUUGCAUCGCCCAACCCCGGUCGGCUGGCUGGUUCACCAAGUCGGAGGAAAACACGAAGGGGACGAGGCAAGGACGAGUGCAAAGGAUGCAGCACUGGUUUACCAUCGUCUGAGCCAACUGCAACUCACAGGAAAGGUGCCCGAGCGCAGUGGCUUGUGGGCCCUGUCUCUGUCUCUGAGCGCUGUGAACCUUAGCGAGAGCGCCCAAGGGAAGAUGGCUCCAUCCCAGCUCGCCGAGAUCAAUGUCACUGCAGCCACAGCCCUGCGUGCUGUACUGGGGCUCCAUUUCUCCUUCCUGCCCGGUUACUUAUUAAGCUGUGCAGAGAGCAUUGCCAGUCCAUCGGAAGCAAAGCAGAUCCCCCGCUGCCUGCGCUGGCUUUUCACACCAUCAGGCAGGCAGUUCUUCCUAAGCUGCGAUUGGUCGCUGAAGUCCGAGAGCAUCGAUGUGGUGUUUACGUCGCAGAGGGAAGACCCAGCCGACCCAAUGGCGCAGUUGCACCGCUGUUUCUGCAGAAAGCUGCUGGAGAGAGCCGUACACAGCCUCAUCCAGCCGCAGAAGGACUCUGAAGGAGGCGAGCACAGGACAAGCUCAGGGGAGUUUUCCAGUGCCCUGGAGUUCCUGCAGCAAUUAAACAACUGUACAGAUGACUCUGCCUCUGCUCUUCCUCCCUUCUCAACUCCUCCCAGUCACACCAUCACGCCAGCGAGAGAUCCGGUGAGUCGUUGGUGGGCUUUAGUACUGAAGGCCGCUGUCUAUUGGCUUCAGGGUGAGGAUUCCACUGUGAGGUCACUGCUGGCAGAUACCGAGAGAAUGCCGGGGGCUCUGCAGACUGGAAAACACCCUCUGCCCAAAGCUGUGCUGUUACUAUGCAAGUCAGUUCAGAAGAGUCUGUCGCCUCUGAAGGGAGGCGGAACGCAAGCCUGCCUGUCCAGUUGUCACCAAGCCAGCAAUUACCUACGCUCCAGCAUCUCUUUGCACCUCGGCCAGCCGGAGAGUUGUCUAGACCAGGCGAUGGAGCUCCUGGUGUGUGAUCUUCUGCUUACCUUGAGGACAAGUUUAUGGCAGCGAGGCAGCAGCAUUCAUGGAGACCGUGGCCCAGCACCUGCAUCCCAGCUGGCAGGUUUUCAGAAUGACCUGAGUGCACUGAGAAAGCUCACACAGUCGUCCAGACAGGCGCAACAUAAGGUGUUCCUCCAUGAGACCACAGUGAGGCUGAUGGCCGGAGCCUGUCCCACAAGGACACACCAGCUGCUGGAUCACAACCUGCGACGUAGAACACAGGGCUCCUGCGCUGCAGAAGGCGAGAGGGAGCGUGCUCAUGCCAUUCUGCUGGCCUGCCGCCACCUGCCCAUACCUCUGUUGACCCCGCCAGGGAACCGCGCCCACCUGCUGAACGAGGCCAAGCGCACCCUGGAGCGGGUGGGAGAUCGUCGAUCCCUGCAGGAUUGUCAGCAGAUCCUGUUGCGCCUGAGCGGCGGCACGAGCAUUGCUGCAUCCUAAACACACACCCACACACACACAGUUGAACUCCUUCAUUUACAGCAUAAAUAAUAGAAGUCAAAUCAUGUGCAGCUGCUUGAAUUGCUCUGCUCUAGCACAGUGGCGCCACCUUUUGGUCAUUGGUGGUACAACACUCGCUGCUUUUUAAAAUAACAAGGGAAUAUCAGGUGAAGUGAUCUCCUCGGAGAUUAAAAAAGGGAGUGGUUUAAUAAAAAUAAAAAUUUGAAAUGAAUAAAUAAUUGUUGAUACCAAGCUGCAGGAUAAUCAGCGUGACUUUAUAAAGUCAAAAUCAGUUUGCAGGCUUUUGUUUUGAAGGACUGUACACGGCAUAAACAGAGAGGCUCAGCGCAAAGUAGUGUCAUGUCUACCUCACACACAGUACAAUAUACUGUGGGGAAAAAUAACUUUAACUUGGAGGAUGUUAAAGGUGCAACGUUCUAUUAAUCUCUCUAAGGGACUUGUUUUCUUCUUCUUCAAAAAGAGUGAAUGAUGCCAAUUAGGGCCCGAGCAGCAAUUGAAGGCCCCAUUGUAAUUGUUGUUUUUUCCUCUAAACGUUUGAACGCCUUUUUGAGGCUCUUUACAUGCCCAGAAAGUCCCCGCAUUUUGCAGGCGCGUCAGGUACGGUGAAAAGUUCAAAUACAAUUUCAAAAUUGGCUCUCUAGCGCCACCUUGUAAUUUUUUUAAAUUAGCCCUUUGGCACAAAAUCGCAACAGACGUCUAUCAUAAGGGGACGCACAUAAAAGUCUCAGAAACCCGUACCUGAAAA